AAAUAAAUGAAUAUAUUCCAGCCAUUCGUUUCCCACACAACAGAUCGAAAGCGGUGCGUUAGGGUUUCUCGUCUCUGAACUUUCUCUUGUUGUUACCUCUAGCAUCUGCCGUUUGCCCUACCUUGGAAAACGUAAAAUCACUUCUGAAGUAUGGAGCAAGUGUGCCCUUUGUCAUGUUGUUUCCAGAGACAUGUUUUUUCGUUCCAGGAAGUAUUCUAUUGGCGUUGUCUUAUCUUUGGCGGUUUCCAUUGUGUUUCCUUCAACUGCUCUUAGCAAACCUACAGUAUAUGAGCAGUUAAGCAGGCAUAAUGCCAUUUUUUCCUGAGACAGGUGCUUGAUUGUUCAUGUACGUCAACGAGUAAGUGUUAGGCAUCGUUCCUUUUGAUGUACGUCAACGAGUAAUAGUCAUCAUUCCUUUUGAUGGGGUCACAGUUAGUUCAACGAUAGAAUAGAUAUUAUUUCGAGACAUAAUUUAAUUAGGAGAAAUGAGAUAGCCGUUACAAGUACAAAAGGCAGGAUUUUGGAGGUCUUCUUUGUGGCCUGCUUAUAUGAGUUUAUUCCUUGAUUCGUAUCAAGUUGUUCAAUGUCAAUGAUCUAGUGCAUUUUAUGAAUAAGGCUGUGUGGACUGUCUGUCUGAAGUCUAUAUCUCUUCUGCUCAUGCUUUAAGAAUAAAAGGUGGAUUUAGCUACAACAGCCAGUCUGGUGGUUUACAUUCUAUAGUUCUCUGGAAAAAGCGUGUUAUUUCUUCUAUGUUCGUGCCCUCUUGAUAAAUAAAGUUCCACGCGCAACUGUGAACUCGGAAAUGGAUAAGUACACGAUAAUAAAGGAAGUUGGCAAUGGAACCUUUGGGGUUGUCUGGCGGGCCUUGAAUAAGCAUAAUGGUGAAUUGGUUGCCAUUAAGAAAAUGAAGAGAAAAUAUUAUUCAUGGGAAGAAUGUAUGAAUUUGAGAGAAGUGAAGUCACUGCGUAAGAUGAAUCAUCCAAAUAUUGUGAAGCUCAAGGAAGUUGUUAGAGAAAAUAAUGUUUUGUACUUUGUGUUUGAAUAUAUGGAAUGCAGUCUUUACCAGCUUAUGGAAGACAGAGUGAAACCUUUCUCGGAAACGGAAAUUAGAAAUUGGUGCUUUUACGUGUUUCAAGGUCUUGUAUACAUGCAUCAGCAUGGCUACUUUCAUCGUGAUUUUAAGCCAGAGAACUUGCUUGUUUCCAAGGGGGUGAUAAAAAUAGCUGAUUUUGGUCUUGCUCGUGAGAUUGCAUCCCAACCACCUUACACUGACUAUGUUUCAACACGCUGGUAUCGGGCUCCAGAGUUACUUCUUCAGUCGCCAAAAUAUGGCUCUGCAGUUGAUUUAUGGGCAAUGGGCGCCAUCAUGGCUGAACUAUUUACUCUCCGUCCACUUUUCCCAGGUUCAAGUGAAGCGGAUGAAAUUUACAAAAUCUGCAGUGUGAUAGGAAGCCCAACAGAGAGCACAUGGUGUGAGGGACUUGAACUGUCAAGUAAAAUCAAUUAUCAGUUUCCAGAGCUUGCUGGUGUAAAUCUUUCUUCACUGAUACCAUCUGCAAGUAAUGAGGCAGCCAAUUUAAUUGCCGCGCUCUGUUCUUGGGAUCCAUGCAAGAGACCGACAGCUGUGGAGGCGCUUCAGCAUCCUUUCUUCCAGAAUUGUUACUAUAUUCCUCCAUCUCUUCGCCCCAAGCAUGCUACUGAUAGGAUUUCUCCAUCUGUUGGAUUAAAUGGGAGUGGAGCUAUGGUGCAGAACAAUGUAACUAGAUAUACUAGCCUUUUGUCUAAUGUGAAUCCGGCAUGCAAUGAAACAUCGUCUGCAAGAGUACAUGCUUCUUUAAAAUCAGGGGUGCAUCAUAAGUCGGGAAUGAAUAAUCAGGCGUGUGAAAAGACGAUUCCCAGACAAGCAAUAUACCAACCUACUAGAAACUACAAUACAUUGGGAAAGGGUGCAAUCGUUUCUGAAACUGCUGAGAAGUUGGCACACAUGGGCAUUGGUGCUACUGUUCCGAGGCAGCAGCAAAUGUACAUUCCCCCACCUUGUAGACCUUAUUGCAGCAAGGUGGCGGGAUGAAGUGAUGAACAGAAUUGGUUUCUUGACUUUCUUCUUUUAUAUAAAACGUUGGGUUGGUAGAAUUAUGUAUUAUGUCGGCUAGUUUGACAUACUAUUGUAUUGGUCAUCAUUCCGCCUAUAAAAUGAAAAGUACUAUGGUUUUAGUCUU